AUGAAUUCAGCUGCUCUACUGCCAGAGCUGCCUAUCAAGGAAUAUCUGAAUCUACCGUCUGCUUCUCGCAUUCGCACAGGUUCUCGCUUCACAGCAACCAUUCCCCUACACGACCACCAGUCGUUCGUCACGGAUACUCCACAGAAAUGGCUUUCUCAACCCCAAUCACCGCGGCUUCCCACGCCAGCAACCAAUACCAUCAGCUUCUCAGACCAGGACUCGGACUUUGUGCUCUUCCCAUCCACCCCAACCGCCCACACCCCUUCGACGACUCGCAGGAACACCGACUUCGUUCCGGCGACGCCUCGUACGGUCCCUAAUCAGCACCUUGGCCAGACCUACAACGGUCAGCAACAAUAUCAACCUCGACGUAACUCUACUCAGCAAUUUUCACCUUCUGUAUCUCCUGUUCAGAAUCUACGAGUGAGCGGCAUCAUCCAAGGCACUAGGUCUCUAUCUUCGUCUCCGUCUAUGCAGCAAUUCAAUAGUCCUACCGGUCAACAACUGCGCUUUUACGCAAACUCGGCUCCUUCUUCGACGACUGGCUUGCACCAACAGUCUCCUCGAACGCGGCCUCCAGUUCCCCUUUUCUCGAAUAGCACUGGGAACAUUCAUCAGCAAAAUCUGUCUACUAUGGCUCUCUCCCACAACUUUGAAGGUACCUCUUCUCCGGAGGCCUCUUCCAGUUCAGAGCCAGAGCUAAUCAUUGACCUUUCAGACGUCCCCUCUGACAACAUGUUUGACUUCACCAACGCCGAUUUCACUGCGGCGCCGGAUUCGGACAAUAUUCUCUUCGAUGGCUCCCUAGACUUCGGGACACACUUCGAACCAAUCAACGAUCCGGCGCCGGCGCAGACGUCAAACCUACAGACCGUGUCACCCAAAGAUCUCAUGGUCGACUCUAUGUCUGCGCCUCCUUCAGGUGCUUUUACCGAUCUAACAACCCCUGGCACCUCCGCCUACGACUCUCCAUACAUGGCCAACAGCACCGAGACCUCGCCACUUUACGCAGAGGAGUCGUUCGCUGACGACCCUGAAAAGUGGCCAUCCCUCUUCGAUCCAAUCGAAGAAGAGACAAACACCGGUCCUGUCUCUCAUUUCGCGGGUGCCAGCCCUUCGCCGACCUACACCGCUCCGAAGAUGUCUCGCAACGACUCGUCACCCGGUCAGUCAUCGUCCCGAUCCUCUCAUCAAGGCCGCCACUCUUUCACCUCUGGCGUCGCUCCAAAGCGAAGGGACAAGCCCCUGCCGGCCAUCACCAUCGAGGAUCCCAACGACACAGUGGCAAUGAAGCGAGCACGAAAUACCAUGGCGGCACGGAAGUCUCGGGAGAAGAGGGUGGAGCGGACAGAGCAAUUAGUCGGCCAGGUCACACAGUUGGAAGCAGAUGUCGACUACUGGAAGAAAAUCGCCAUCGGCAUGGGACAUGUCGAGUGA